UGGGUUACUUAAAAAGUAUUUAAGUAAAAACAACUAUUCCAUAUUUCGUAGUUCAUUUUGUUGUCCUUCUAAGAAAAGAAAAUGAGAGUUUUCAUUGCUUUCGCAGCAGCGCUUUUGGCAGUUUGUGCCCUUCCAGCACAAGAACAGUGGACCUCGUUCAAGGCCAAACACGGUAAAUCCUACGGAAAUAUCGUCGAAGAAAAGGUCCGUUUUCAAAUUUUCCAAGACAACGUACAAAAAAUCAACGCACACAACGCCCUCUUUGAAGCUGGACUCAAAACCUAUACCAUGGCGGUCAACCAAUUCACCGAUUUGACCCCCAAAGAAUUUCGAGACAGGCUCAGGCGCCAAAAUGGCCCAAUUACCAAGGAGACCUUAAUUCGUCAUGUCCAAAAUGGUACUGCUCCAGACUCCAUCGAUUGGAGGGAAAAGACACUCGUUUCGAGAGUUCAGGACCAAGGAGAAUGUGGUUGCUGUUGGGCUUUCAGUACAGUUGGUGUCACAGAAGGACAAAACGCUAUCAAAAACAACCAAAGAGAGCCUCUUAGUGUACAACAAUUAGUUGAUUGUAAUACCCAGAUAAUUGAAAAUGUUACCAUAACUGGUUGCAACGGUGGUACAGUCGAGGCCGGUUACAGAUACGUCAUUAAACACGGUCUUAACAGUGACGCUGAAUACCCGUUCGAAGCUACAGAUGACAAUUGCAGAGCCAAGAACUACUCUCUCGUUAAAGUAAAGCAGGGCGUAGCUGUUGAUCCUACCGAAUCUGCCCUUAAAGAAGCUGUUGGUACCAUUGGACCAAUCUCCGUAGGUAUGAAUGCUGACGCCCUUCAAUCAUACCACAGUGGUAUCUUGGAAGAUGACACCUGUGGAAACGAUGAAGAUGACUUGGACCACGCUGCUCUGGCUGUAGGCUAUGGAACCGAGAACGGAAAGAAAUUCUGGCUCAUCAAGAACUCAUUUGGCGUUAACUGGGGUGAAGAUGGUUUCUUCAGAUUGGCCAGAGAUGCUAACAACCAAUGUGGUAUUGCCCUCUGGUCAUCUUAUCCAAUUUUGGCUUAAGUUAUAAACUGAAUUUAGGCUAUUUUGUAAAGUAGAAAACCUGUUGAUAAAUAAAUAAUUUAAAUUUAA